GCUACUCCUGUGCGCCUUGCGCGAAAGUAGCUCCUCACGUUUUUUACCCGUUCCGCACGGAUGUUGCCCUAAGCCAACUGCAAAACUGCACGGAUGGGCAACGCUGACAGCAGGCCGACAUGUUGUUUGGGCAUCGGCAUGGACGAUAUCACCGAGGCGUCAAGACUGCACAGCAGAGAGACAAAGUGGGAGGUGGAGAAUUGUGCCUUGACUUGCUGUCUAUCUUGGCGGUUGGGUGCAAAUAGUGCAUUCAGCAUCAAGUUGGAGCAACUGCAGAACUUGCACGAGCAAAUUGGAAACCACAUCACCGUCUUCCGCGCGAUGGUGCUCUUCGACGAUGCCACUAGCGGUCUUGUCAUGGGCAACGGCGUGGAGGAAGCAGGAAUGACUGGGCCUGACUCAAUGACUAGACUGGGCCAGCUCCUUUGCAGGUGGGCGCUUUCUCAAUCUCCCUCCAUCGGCAUGUUCGUGGGCGUGGACUACGGAGUGCUCCACAGCGUUCAGGGUUUGCUGUCGAUGCCGAAUGGUACAGAUCAAUCGGCGUAUUUUGGACCUGUUUGCGCAGGUGCUCGCGAGUUAGCCGACACCUCGAGGCAAGAGGGGAUGGUGCACGUCUCUGCAGAGGCGAAGGAGCAACUCUCAGCUCUUCGGUUUCUACCCUUGGCCCUUGGGAGUCAAAAUACAUUCUAUUUGGAUGCUUUUACAGAGGUGAUCGACCCACACCAACAGAUGUCGCCGACGCGACCGUUCCUAAGCAUGCUGGAUUUGGAAGGUGAUCAGGAUAAGGGAAGGAGAAUGUCAUUUGAAGAGUUCAAGGAACUCCUGCAGAACCACCGCGUGAACUUGUCCAAGUUUGGCAAGGGCACUGCCAAGUCCUUACACCACUUCUACACCGCCGUCGUGAGAGAGGAAAAGUGCUUUUUGGAGCUGAAGGGUUCACGACUGCAGCGCUUUGUUGAGCUGGUACGUAUCCACUUGCGCUUCCGGAAUAAGGAGGGCAAGUUGAGGGAGUUGAAGAUCGAUAGCGAGAUGACUGAAGAGGGGCGACAACGGGAGCGGAAGCAGCUCCUAGCCAUGGUCAUGCGACUGCAAGACCAGGGGAACUGGAGAGCAGCGCUUUCUCGCUGCUUCGAGACCAAGUUCGGUAUUGCGCCGGAGGUCCAAUCCAGCCUCUUCUAUAUCGCCACCGAUGCAUACAAGUACGAGGAGUAUAGCGCGGACUCUGAGACGGUGCCCGACAUUUUAAGCACCUACAAGACCCACAUCGUUUUCCUGACAGUCAAGGACCGAACACGGUCGGAGCUGCAAACCUUGGGCUUGCCCGACGGCAAGGACUUUACCACGCAGGAUGGGAAGAUGAAGUGGGUUUGGUCUCCGGUCUUGAAUAGCAAGGAGGACGACUUGAUGCAGCUCCUGCAGAAACACGGCAUCGAUAUCUCUGAGUUCACCUGGCAAAGUUUCGCUGAGCUCUACACGGAGGUUUAUGAGGAGAGUUUGUCCACUGUGGACGUGGAAGAGGACCAGUUGGUUCGACGAGUGAGCAUUGUCAAGGUUUGGCUGGAAGCGAAUGUCUUCAACGAGAAGCAUGUAUUGGUCAUCAAGACCAAGCAGCAGAGAGGGCGGACGCAGAACUUCCGGAAGCUCCGGACCUUGUCGAUGCGCAUGCGCUCGCUGCAGACCUGGAAUGAAGCUGUGGCCGAGGCGCUCUUCCUGCGGCUGGGCAUUUCGGCACAACAGCAGCAAGAGACCUUGCAUAUCUACUUGCUAGAGACGCGGGAGGAGGUGGAAUUCUCUUUGAGCUUUCCUGGCCUCAAGACGGUGUACACCAUCAGUGAGGUCCAGUGCGAGAUCUUGAACCCUCAGGAUCAGAGAUGGCAGUCCAUCGGUUUGCCCGCAGCCAACGACUUCACCUUCUCCCGUCAGGAGCCUAUUGCCAAGACCGGAGAGUUCGACACGGUGAUCACCAGGUGGGGCUGGACCAAUUCGGCAGAGGUGGAGCAUGAAGCGCACGGCAAAGGACACAGGAAGCCCUGCCCUUUCGAUGGGGCACCGAUCGCAAGGGUGGACUCCAAUGACUUGCUGCAGAAGAAGGUGGUGCCUCCGGAGCCUUUGCCUGUCAGUGGCAAAGACGAACUCCUCAUCAUGAGAGUCAUGGACGGCAAACAGACGGACUGGGCGAGGGCUCGUCGAGCCGCUGAACACAUCCGCAGUGCGAACUACAACACCAAGGACUUCUAUGAGGACUUGGUGGCCGCGUUUCCAGAGCUGCGACUCUAUUGUGUGGUGCGCGAGAACGGCGGCCAUGGCGUGCUAUUGCCCUCCUUGUCGACCUUGACCACCUCGGCGAGCCGGACAGGUGAAGAUGAAUAUCAGCGCACCAUUGGAGCGCUGUUUUGCAUCUUCUGGCUGAUGCGGACCCACCUGGACGGCAAGGAGUCCUUCUGCUUCGGCCUGGAUGAUGACUGGAGGCCUCGAAAUAAGACGCACUUCAAGGAUCCCGAGCUGGAGGCGGAGUACAAGAAGCGGAAGCUCUUCUAUGAGAAGACAGACUGGGCCGCCAUCGAAGCGCUUUUCGUUGGAGCAGGUUUGCUUCACAAGGCGGGUGGCGCGCAUGAUAUAGACAGGACCUUGGCCAUGCUAGUGCUCAUGACCAUUCACGAUGUCAUGAAGCUCGACAUCCUGCGGCCCACCGUUGGCUGCGGCGAGUUCAGUGGCUAUCGCAAUGGGGAGCCCAUCGGCGAUCAUGACCUGGCCUUGAGCUAUGUACUGGAUCGAUGUCCACAAGCCUUGCCCUCCUUCGCCGGCUUGGCGCCGGCCAUGCAGGAGAGCAUCAAGUUCACCCACUGCAAGCUGGACUACAACAUGGGCUGGCUGGUCCAGGCAGAAGCACCUCCAGGGGCUCUCUUCAAGGCCUUCCGCCAGGUGGUGCUCGCGGGCGCCGCCUCCGACCGGAAAUCCGCGAGCGACAUCGCUUUCUACUUUGUCCACUGGUUCUCGGACCUGGCGGGGGCGGAAGCCUUCCCAUUGCAAGGAUGUGAAAAGUUUGUCUUGAAGUUCCCUCUGCACGUCCUGAGCAGCUUCAUCGAUUCCUUCGCGGUGGUCUGGAAUUUGGGGCCGAAAACCGAAACAGAGGUCUUCGAGGACUACUUGGUGUGGCGCUGGAACCACAUGAGCACCAAGAUGGGCACGACACCCUCGGGCACUGGGGCCAUCGCUAAGAUGCGUCUCGUCUUGAUGGCGCAAGGAGAUAGCUUGGAGAUCAUCAGGCAGUUUGAGAAGCUGAAGAAGGCAGACUACCAAGUGCUGAGCCAGGAGCUCGCCAUCACCGGCUGCUCCCAGCAGAAGUACAAGCGGGAUAGCUGGAAGGAGGCUGGUGGCCCCGCCAUCCUGGUGUACUAUGCCCCGGCGCUGAUGCAGAAAGCCGGUCGAGAGGAUCCCUUCAGUGCGAUGACCAUCUUGGCCGAGAUUUUCCGCCAAGCACGCUCACUCUGGCCGCUGUCCAACAAGCCGGAGGAGUGUGACAAGUGCGUCAUGGUUCGAAUUGAUGUCCUCAAGGAGCUCCAGAUCUCUACGAUUGUGGACCCUCGACCUGGCAUCCACUAUGUGCUCUCUCGGGUCAGCACACAGGAUGCGCAGGUGAAAAUCGUCACCAACUUGGACAUGAAGACGAUUGACCAGGCCACGCAGCGAGUUUUGAAGUUUGGCAGCUCAGACGAUGAGGAUCAGAGUGGAUGCUUCUCCCCUUUCGGCAGGCAGCGAAGAUCCGGCGCCAGGCUUGGCUGGUUAACACGUGGCUGACUCCCAGGCCAACGUUGACACCAUGUCCUUGUCGCCUCGCUCUCCUUCAUCCUGAAGGGGGGCCCUGAUGUUCUCCGAUGGACCGGGACGAAGCACCGGAGCGACGUGUCUCCCACGGGAGCGUUUCACAUCUUGUCCCACAAGCCACGGCUGGAGUGGUCGCAAAUCCUUGUCGCGUCCUAG